GGCCGCGCACCUGCCUCUACCGCUCCGCACGCGCGAGCUCGAUCGCGAGACGAUACUUCGAGAUAAUCGUAAACACUACGGACUAUCUUCCUAACUUCACAAAUUAAUUCUUUAAUUUAUUUUCUUUAAAUUCCAUAAUAAAUUUUAAGCUAAACAAUUGAUUUACAACACCUACGAGCAAUUUUAUGAAAAUUUUACCAAAAGGACAGUGAAGAUCAAAUUUUAAUUUUGGACUGAAAAGUGUAAAAGUUAUUGACGUUUUAAAUUCUGUGAAUUAACAAAGCGUUGACCGCAUUGCAAGAUCGCCAACGGGCACGGACAGAUUAGAUAGGGCACUGAGAACUCCUUCAAGUGUUGAUAAGACCUUAUGACCAGUCAAAUUUGGCGAGUAAACAUUUGAUCGACGAAUACGUGUGAACUGAUUUUUCACAACAUGAAAAGGAAAAAAUAAGGCGCAAAAUUGUGAAGUAUUGCUGAUGAUGAAGAAAUCAAGAAAAUGACUAUUAUAAACUUUGUUGAUAUUUGUUCCCGUCGGACUUUUGAUGGGGAUUCUGUGACUCGACCUCUGUUAUCAAAAACGUUUAAAAAGGCUGAUAAGCCGACGGCGGCACAUGUGAAGUGAGCUAAGAACUGUCGAAUGAUAGCAAAAUAUUAAGAUAAAGAUUUAUAAGGAUAUAGAAGUUGUUGAAGAUCUAAAAAUAGGUGACCAAAUCAAGAUGAGAAUCAAGAUGCCAGCUGUACGCAUCGCGCAAGCGGAUGCGGACAGCGCGGCUGAAGGAGGGGGCUCCCCAACACCUGGAGUCCCUUCAGACACUCUGACCUGCGGCGCUUGUCGAAGAGCCUUCGCUUUGGCUGACAUUGUCCGGUUCAUUCAGCACAAGAUCUCCUCCUGUGAUAAGGAUUUGACUUCUUAUCACUGUUAUAGUGCUGGUCCUAAUUCAGAUCCAGAAGAUGGUUCAAGACCAGGUCAGAUGUCAACUUCUAACUCCAGCAGUCGACGACCGUCUCUUCUCACUGCCAGAAGACCUCCAAGCAGCAGAGUACAUACACCACCACUGGCCAGUCCAUCCAUGGCGCCUCCUGAUUUGCUGGAGGAUGGCGGAGCUUCGAGUACACCCAAACGACUAUUAGAUGAGGCCGACAGAGAAACUUCUACUCCUAAAAGGAGAGCAUCAACAUCUCCAAUGCCCUCAAGUUCUCCUGAUGAGGACAUCAAGCCCAAAAUCAAACAGGAACAUAUGGAUACCUCAGGCUCACCCGAAGACCAAAAAAAGUCAAGGGUCGCUGAUGCUGAGUCCAACACUAUGCACAGUGAACCGAGCAACUACGUCUGCUCAACAUGCAAAGCUCGCGUUCAUUCUGCGUGGAGAUUAUUGCAGCACGUUCAGCAUGUACAUGGUAUCAAAAUCUACGUAGAGGCCCUACCGCAGCCGCAAUCUAAUAAGCAAAAUCACUCUUCGUCGAGCACUUCCUCCACUAGCUCCGCAUCAUCGUCCACUGGCGCACCGUUACCACCACCGUCAUUGCGCCAUCAUCCUCUUCUACCCCCACCGGAUAUACAUUCCCCAUUUGGCGUUGGCAGCUUGCUGAGAAUGCCACUACCAGGCAGCUUGCCUCCUCUCGCCCACCCGUCAGUUCCUCCUGCUCCACUGUUUGCUAGGCCAAAUCACCAUGAUCACCGAUUCAGAAUGGAGCAACUAGUAUCUGAACAGUUUCGGCACCAUGGCCUAAAUCUUGCUGCUGCAGCUGCCGCUGUAGCAGCUAACUCUCUUCCUCCCCAUCAAACAUUCCCUUCUCCUGCGGAACGACCCCCCGUAAUACCUACGUCGGUCUCCGGUCGUGAGAGACCACCUGUAUCACAACCCCUUUCUUUGGAACCACAGCUGGAUUUUUACUCGCAGCGCUUGCGGCAACUGGCCGGUACGACCAGUCCAGGGGCGGCCACAGGCAAUUCGAGCUCUCCUAGCCCCAGGAAGCAUUCGCCUCCGUUCGCUUCCCCGUCGCCCUCCCGAGUCGGUCAGACUCCACCGGCGGGCGCCGGACCCGGAACGGUGGACACGCCACGUGAAGCCACGAGGCCUCACAGCUCGACUCCACCCGAGCGUCGCACGGAACCGAUGCCUGCUGACGCGCCGCCUCCAGAGCGACCAUCGUCGACACCUCCGGCAAAACGCAACCAAGAGGAAACGGUUCACACCUGUGAAUUUUGUGGCAAAAAAUUUAGAUUCGAAAACAACUUGAUGGUACAUCGCCGUUCACAUACCGGCGAAAAGCCGUUCAAAUGCACUGAAUGUGACGAAGCUUUCGAGAAAGCUUCAAAAUUAAAACGGCAUAUGAAAAUUCAUCGAGCCCCUGAUGCAAAUGGGGACGAUGGUGAGUCAGGAGGUGAUACUCCUGACGAUGAUUCUGAUGAGGAAUUGGAUGAUGAGGAGAUUGACGGUGAGGAAGACGAAGAAAAUGAAGACGGAGAAGAAGUAGAAGAGGCUGAGGAUUUAACCGUCUCAAACAGCAGUGCGCCUUCAGCGCCAACUCGAAAACAAAUGCCAUCUAUGCCAGCGCAUCCACCCACAGCUUCAGUUGUCGGUGAACUUAUGGACAAGUUUGGUUUAUCGAAUAUCGCUCAAUAUAGUGAGGCUUUCAAGCAAGCUCUACAAGAAUCCGGAAAAUCUCUCAACUGGCAACUAGAUAAAGAUCGCGAUAACAAUAACGGUCCUCACAGUGAUAAGCCAAAUGGAAUGCCCCCUACUGCUGCAUUGCGCUUGAAGGAGGAAUUUGCGAAGAUGCCACCGCAGCCACAUCCACUCUUCAACCCUUUUGAAAAUCCUUUUGAAGCAUCCAAACGUAUGAAGUUAGACAUGGAACGAGGCGAAGGGUGGUGGCUUCCUACAUUGCAUGCUCAGAGACCACCCGAAAACAUAUUCGAGGGCCUAAAAAGCAGUAGCAAUGGAUUACUUCAAAAUCCUCUUCUAAAAACAAAAUCAGAAGGCCGCAGGAAUGACACAUGUGAAUACUGCGGAAAAGUUUUCAAAAACUGCUCAAAUUUGACAGUACAUCGACGCUCACAUACUGGAGAAAAACCUUAUAAAUGUGAGUUAUGCUCAUAUGCAUGUGCGCAGAGUUCGAAGUUAACGAGGCAUAUGAAGACGCACGGUCGAAUGGGAAAAGACGUAUACCGUUGCAGGUUCUGUGAAAUGCCCUUCUCAGUGCCGUCAACGCUAGAGAAGCACAUGCGCAAAUGUGUUGUGAAUCAAAGUAACGGUGCUCCUCUAGCGUUAUCCGAUGACUCUAAUGUGUGCCGUGAUGAGGCCUCGUGACUCUACCCGUGGGGUGGCCUCCGCCUGCCACCACCUGCGCCGCCAAGUCAGAUCUUCUAAGGCCUAACUCUCAGAAUUACUGGUUUUGUUGCGCUUCAUUCAAUUCGCAAACAGCAAAAGUUUUGCUUUGAGACAUUUCAAGGUCACCUUUGAUCAAUCUCUAGUCUUAAGAAUUGGGUUGGUUGGCGAUAUUUUAUGAUGAACUUAUUUGCAAUAUUAGCCCCACAGCUGUCUGAACCGACGGGCAUUAACUUAAUUAUUAUAUCUUAAGUGACAUAUCUUUCGUGUACAAACCAGUGUUAAACGAUUUCCGUUGUGUUGUUAUAGUGUUACUUUCGAGGGCUUGUUUAAUUUUUAAAGGCUUUUGACCUUUACGUUAAAUUCUUCGAUCUUGUUUUAACAUGUUUUUGUUUAUAGAAAAAUGUGGAAACCAAUGCCAAAGUUAGCUAUGUUGAUUUAAGAAUAUGAUUUAGUUUUUAAGCUGUAUAGUGUCAAUUACUUAUAGAUUUCCAGUAUUUUCCUAGGAUCUUAAUAGUUUCGUCGUAGUAUGUGUUUUUGGAGUAAGUUGUUCGGUAACGUUAGGGUAUUUCUGUACAAUAAUAAGCAAAUGUUUCCUAUCCUAGAUAAAUAACAAUAUUUGUGUACAUAAGUUGAUAUUAAGUGUAAUGUUUAAAUCGAGUACCUACCUAUUGAUGUUCAUAUUUAUAGAGGACAUGUUUCGCAAAUUAAUAAAAAUUGAACUAAACAAAAUUUUGAAAAAACACGGUGAGUUUCCUGUAAUCGAUAAAAUUUAAGCAUUAUAUAAAGCAAAAUUGGAAUCGAUUUUAAGAGUAGGUGUUAUUCGUAUCGAAGUAUUUCUAUAUUAAAUUAAGUG